GGGACGACGUUUCCGUAGCAACCGGGCCGGUCCGUAACUCCGUUACCGCAGCGGCCGCAGCGCCUUCGGAGCGAGACCUGCCGUGGCUGUCGUCGGGACGCGGGCUCCACCUCCGGCUUGCGGGGCGUACAGACACGGGGGCGACGCAGUUCCUGAGGCGGCCGACCCGCAGUAGUUCCGAGCGGAGAUGCUGAACAUGUGGAAGGUCCGGGAGCUGGUGGACAAAGCCACCAAUGUGGUGAUGAACUACUCAGAGAUAGAGUCUAAGGUUCGAGAAGCCACUAAUGAUGACCCCUGGGGACCCUCUGGACAACUAAUGGGCGAGAUAGCGAAAUCUACUUUUAUGUACGAGCAGUUUCCGGAGGUGAUGAACAUGCUGUGGACCAGGAUGCUGAAGGACAACAAGAAGAACUGGAGACGAGUCUACAAGGCUUUACUCUUGCUGGCUUAUUUGAUCAGGAAUGGCUCGGAGAGGGUUGUGACUAGUGCCAGAGAGCACAUCUAUGACCUGCGAUCUCUCGAAAACUACCACUUCAUAGAUGAGAACGGUAAGGAUCAAGGCAUCAAUGUGCGACAGAAGGUGAAGGAGAUGGUGGAGUUUAUCCAGGACGAUGACAGGCUCAGAGAGGAGAGGAAGAAAGCCAAGAAGAACAAGGAUAAAUACAUUGGUGUCUCAUCUGACACCAUGGGUGGAGGAGGCGGUAAUUUUAAGAACUCUAAUGAACUUGAUCGGAGUAAGUGGGAUGAGGACUGGGAUAAGAGCAGAGGAGCUUUCCCCUUUAGUGAGAAGCUCGGAGAGAUUAGUGAUAAGAUCGGCAGCACCAUCGACGACACCCUCAACAAGUUCAGGAAGAAGGAGCGAGACGACUCGCCUGACAGAAUCAGUGACAACGAGGAGGACAGAGCAUCAAGAAACGGUAGGCAGGAAACGAUUGAGUUCAAAGAUGAGGAGGAAACUGUCACAACAAAGAGCAUCCAGAUUACACAAGCAACAGAAACCACGACAACCACCACAAGGAAACGCAGCGGAGCAGCAAGCAGCAAGACCCUGGACCUGGGCGCUGCAGCUCACUACACAGGAGACAGGAGCCCCGAGGAAAAGUCAUCAGUCGGACAAUCUUCAAGCAGUGGUCUCGCUGACUUGCUGGAAAUUGACCCUUCAGCCAGUCAAAGCACCAAGACAGCAUGCAGUUCAGACCUCAUUGGUGGCUUUGCUGAUUUCUCUUCACCUGCAGCCUCUGCCACCCUCCCCACUUCCACAGCUGCUGCAUCAUCCAGUGGAAAUGGAGAAUUCGGGGACUGGAACACCUUCUCAGGAAAUCCUCCAGCUUCAUCUAGCUCUGAUCCUCCCCAGCCUGUCACGGACCUGUUCGGUAGCACUCAGUCUCCCAAAGCCCCAGCUUCUAUACCUCCCCCUGUCCCUCCGUCUGCUGAGCUCUUUGACCUGAUGGGUGGAGUUAACCGUCAAAUGACCAGUCCACAUACGACCCUCAGUGCCUCUCAGAGCAUGACCUUCUCUCUGGGAGGGGUGACGCCAGGAGCGUCUGUUACUAUGCCUACAAUGGCCCACUCUCGCUCUCAGCAGAAUUUGGGAGGCAUGACGUCUCAGCAGCCUAUAGGACAGCAGCAAAAGGUUGGUGUCAGAGGGCAGGGAUCAUUAGGGUCGACCUGGUCCGACCCCUCCGUCAACAUCAGCCUGGACUUCCUCUCUGCAGGACUCAACGCCAGCAAGACGCCCCCCACUCUCAACAAUAUUAUCCAGCAGCAAGGAGUUCCUCCCGUCAACCUGUUGGCCCAGAAUUUUGGAGGACUGACCCUCAGCUCACAGCCCCACGUGACACCGAUACGACCACCCGUCACACCCAUGAUGCCGGGCAAUGCCAUGACAACCGGCAUGCCUGCUUCCAUGGCUGCAGGUAUGCCAUCUUCAAUGACCACAGGUUUACAGAGUGGAAUAGCUGUAAACCCAGGCCUGAUGGGAAUGAACAUGGGCAUGAAUAUGGGCAUGGCCUCUCCAGUGAUGAUGAGCGGGAUGGCCGGCAUGGGGAUACCAGGAGUAGGAAUGGGCCUAAGUCACACCAUCACCCCAGCUGUGGUCCCACCCAAACAAGAUGCCUUCACUAACUUUGGCAAUUUUGGGAAAUAAAGGUUUGCAAGUGUGUGUGUGUGUGUGUGUGAAUGUGUGUGUGUGGGCACGUCUGACAAUGUGAGAGUGUGUUCUACAGAAGGACUGCUGUACUUGAAGACAACCUUGCAUGUUUGGCUGGCUGGUUCAGAUCACUUUGGGGAGCCGGCAUCAGUGAUUGUUCUCCAUUCCAGCUCUGACAUGAUCACGGAGGUCGUGGAGCACUGACAUCAUCACACGGAGGAAACCAGAGGUGCUGUGAAGAUGUCAGCACAGCCUCUUGUCAUUUCCCUUUUCAGGAAACAUCUCUAUCUGUUUUAUAUGCCGACAGUAUAUCCCCUUUCAUUCCGUUUCUGCACAGAGGAUUCAGUCAGUACAAUGAAAUCAAACAAAAUGGUACUGCUGCCUCAAUUUGCAGUGUAGCCUGAGAUUGUGUUUUCAAUCAGAAAGUUGAAGCCAUUUCAUUAUUGCCGGUAGCCACUCUAAAAAAACAUGAUAAAAUACACUCUGGUCUUCCAGCAGAGGGCAGAAUGAGCGCACAUGUUCAACACUGGAUGUUCAACACUGGAUGUUUCUACUUGAGCCAUAUAAGCGUGGAUGUGAAUGAAAUAAAGCUGAGGAGCCAAGAAAAUGAUAUUGGUUAUUUUAGCCUGAACUGUUCUAUUUUCAUUAGGUGGUGUCAGUUCAGAACAGAUGGAUUCUGAGUAGGUCUGCAAAUGAUGUUAAAAAGAACAUAAACAAAUGUUUACAACAACUGUGUGUUAAAUUAUUUGGAUUACAAUAGUCAACCACUUCCUGUUAAGAUAUAUUUCUCUGCUGCAUAUUCUGGUUGUAUUAGGCCAAGUCAGUAUUUAAGUCAGAUUACUAUUUUCUAUUACUUCAACUGUUGCUGUUUUAUAACUUUUCAUCUUUAUGCAACCAUGUCAGUGUCACUUCACAAAUGUCACCAUUGACACAUCAAGCCGUCUUACGUUUCCAUAUGUACAGUGUGGACAAGGGGACAGAAGAAAUCUCUCCUUAGAUGUGGAAGGAGGAGGAUCACAAUCUACAUGACUGAAAAACACAAUCUACUAAAUUUCAUACAGCAAUGACUCAAAGUAGAGUUUUCGGCAACAACUCACCAGUUACAAAGUAUUUUUGUCAGCAAGCAUUUUUCAUUUGCAGCUCACUUCCUGCUCUCUGAUACGAGUUGAAUACCUGCAGCUCAACAACAACGUUGGAGAACCCAUCUCCCCGACAUUAGACAUGAAAUAAACACACCAGGGACAUUUCACUUGCCAAGUUUUCAAAUGUGAUUUCUUGGGCUCACUCAGACCAAUCCAGAGGGUUUGGGGUUUCAGAGGAAGGUUUGUGUGUGCAGUGAGUGAAUGUGUGUGUUUGUGUGAGACGAAGCGAGAGAACGACUUUGUGUACGGUGAUGGUUUUCUGUUUGACGUGCAGACACGGUUAAGCAGAGCCUCUUGUCAUUUUUUGAGGCACUGCCCUCCAAAUGACCAAAUCUUUAUUUUGUUACUCUCAGAAGGAUAAUUCCAUAGCUUUUAGUUUAAUAUUUUAUUAGUUUAUUUGGAGGGUUACGCUCACAUGGGAGAGUUAAAGCUAAUGUGACUUAGUUACUUGAAUCAUGUUUUUUUUUUCUUUCAGUACAGAUAUUUUGAUUUGAUUGUUCUCUAUAUUUUCUGUACUUCAUUCAACAUUAAAUUAUAACAUGAAACAA